AGGUUGUUGUUGUUGCCACUCUUCCUUCCUCAUUCAUGAGCUACUAUAUUCGGCCUGAGGCUGUACUAAAGCGAGCCGAUGAGCUCAUCGAGAUCGGCGAAUACCAAGCCGCCAUCGAUUUACUCGGGCAAGCGGCUUCAUCUCGUCGCUUUAAAUACAACUUCACGCCGGCAGUCGAGGCUAUUAUGGACAAGUUCCUCAGACUAUGUGUGCAGAUGAAGCAGGUCAGGCAGGCUAAGGAAGGUCUUAUCCAGUAUCGAUCUAUCACCCAGCAUACUCAAGUGCAGUCGUUGGAGGACAUGCUGACCCUCUUCCGUACCCUCAGUGAGGAGAGGAUGGAGAAGGCCGGGCAGAAAUGCUCGGUGGUCAUCACCGGCGAUUCCCCCGACCCCAUUACCCCGGACAGCGUCAUGUUAGCGUCUUUGGGCCAGGACCCGACCGACCACGAUGAGAUAGAGUUUAGGGAGGCUGUCAGGGACAUGUGGGAGACCUAUAGGACGGUUUUGGAGACGGUCCGGACUAACGCUAAGUUGGAGGGCUUGUACUACUCUACCGCGUAUAAGGCAUUGGAGUUCGUCAAGAAGCAGAAUAGGCGAGUGGAGGCUAAACGUCUUUGUGACCUCUUCCGUUCUCACUGGGCGAGCGCUAAGAAGCCCAUGACGAGUAUCGGAGCCAGCCAGAACAUCAACCCCAACGACCCUGGUGUUGUCUCUAGGGUCCUCGCCCUCCGCUUUGCUUGCGUCAAUACGGCCAUGGACAUGGGCUUGUGGAGUCUGGCAUUCACCGUCUUAGAGGACGUCCAUACCUUCAUCUCAAAAAAGCGACCGGCACCAACGGCUAUUCAACUACUACAGUACUUCGAUCGCCUUUCCAACGUGUUGGGAUCCACUUACAUGAUGGAAUCUAUCAACCCACGCUCCCUUGCUGACAAUGAUACCCAUCAAGCCGUUCAGAGACUCUUCCAUGCCCAGGCCUUGCUGAAGUACCUCUACCUCCUACGACAAGUACGAACACAGCAUUCGAGUGCUGACCCUAGUGGUGUUGAUGCUCAAGAGGGGGUAGCGGACUUACCAUCACUGGAGGCCACAGCGGCUAGGACCGUCCUUGCUAUAUUGGCGGUCUCUCCUACUAGCCGAGGCUUUAUGGGAGUCUCGCCUUCUGUUGGCGAACGAGCUGAUAGGUUGGACGCUCUCUUGGGCCGAGAUGUGAUGCCAACUCGGGAGUCUCUCGAGGCGGAGUUGAUCGAGAAGAAGGGCAUCGAGCUGGCGCCAGCUGAUGUGAGGAAGCUUUUCGAGGCGAUCACCACUGCCGAGCAAAAGGCUGAUACUGCGGGGACUGUCGAUGAUGGUCUUUGCGCGAAGAUCGAUGGUAUGUUGAAGGCCCUCCCCGAGGCCUGCUGUGGAGCAUACGCCCCCUCUAUAAGACGCAAUGUGGUGGAGCUUGUUGUAUCGAGCAUGGCUCAGACGCCUAAUAAGUCUACAACGUAUGACGACAUUUCGAGAGUCACCAGCACCUGCGGGACCAUUGCGGAUAUCACUGACCUCAUUGACAGGGCUUCCUCUAAGGGUCCUAUCGUCGUCAAGGACGAACAAGACGCUGUUGAGAAGCGCAUGAUCCCUGUGGUUGAUGAUGCUACUUCUACGUUGCAUUUCGAAGUGUUGUCGGAGAAGGCCGCAGUGGCGACUGCUGAUGGUGAGGCUCAGACUAGUCUCAAGUUGGAGGACUACACUCAGGGCAAUAAGGAGAGGGCUGAGAGGGAGGCUGCUCGGGCUGCUGCCGCGUUGAAGGCAGCGCAGGAAGCCGCUGCAGCUGAGAAGAAGCGUGCAGAGGAGAGUAGGAAGAAGAAGUUGAUGGAGAGGCAGGAGAUGGAGGCUCGAAAGAAGGACCUCCCUCGUACUACUGCGAUGUUGGAGUCUGUCAAGCAGCAGGCUAAGGCGUUCGGACCUAACCACGUUACCACCAUCACUAUUGAUGGCAAGGCUCGGGAUGUACAGACUAUCGCCGACCACGAGGUCAUCAAGAUCGAUCGUCAAGAGCUCGAUGACGUCCGUAGGAAGCAGUUGUUGAAGGAGCGUACGAUCAGGAUUAAUUUCCGACGAGAAGAGUCCAAGCGUGUGGAGUAUACAGAGCGAGCCAUUCGUGAGAAGGAAGGCCCACAUAUUCGAACUUGGAGGGAACACGUUGAUAUCAACAGGAUGAAGCGUUAUGAGGAGCUGCAGGCCCAGAGGCAAGCGGCUAUGGAGGAGCUCAUCGCGAGUCGCAAGGAGGAUAAGGCUGCAUUGAAGCCAGCGAUGUCUGUGGUAGAAGGAUGGAUAUCUGAGAGGAUGACUGAGCGCGAUGAGAAGCGUAUGAAGAAGAUCGAGGAAGCUCGAUCGGCGUGGAAGGCUAGGAUGGUGAGAGAGAAGCUCGAGCGAGCACUCAAUAAGCUAGCAUCGUUCGAGAGUCAAAAGCAGCAGGAGGAGGAAGAUGAAGAGGAAUCUCUGAGGAGGAGUACCUCGGCAGCCUCUGGAUCCCCUCGUAAGGCAAGCGCCUCCCCCUCGGCCAGAGUCAUCAGUCGUGGAGGUGGCCUCGGUCUCAGCACUGAUGUCGCGGCUAGUCGCAACGCCUUCAAGAUGCACGCUCGUGAGUCCUCGCCUGAGCCAGAGGAUGGUGGUAGCUGGAGAAGGCCAGCGGCUGCGGCUAGCAGGUUUGGUGCGGCCUCUUCGGCUGGCAAAUACGUCCCUCCGUCCCGACGCGGUCUGCCCGCUGGACGAGACGCUGAUGGCUUCACUGAAGUCCGUCGUCAUUAGAUGGUCGUCGUCUUCGCCGCCGCCGCCUCGUCCUUGGUGGUUGGGAAGUUGUGCGCAUCAUCAUCAUCAUCAUCUUGAAGUACCAACAUCACUG